CCCUCCCCCACGAACGCUGCGAGAAUCCUGUUCAUACACAGAUACGAAACUCCCAUAUCCCCUCAGUCGCUAUGCGUGCCAAGCCGAACAUCAUCAUCACCGGCACGCCGGGCGUCGGGAAGACGACGCACUGCGAGACGCUGGCUGCGUCGCUGGGGCUGAAGCAUCUUAGUAUCAAUACUAUUGUCAAGGAUCGGGGGUGUCAUGAUGGGUGGGAUGAGGAGUAUCAGAGUUGGAUUGUGGAUGAGGAUAAGUUACUGGAUGAGAUUGAGGAGGAGGUUAAGCUGGGGGGUUACAUUAUCGAUUGGCACGCUUGCGAUCUCUUCCCCAAGAGCUGGAUUGACCUCGUCGUCGUGCUGAGGGUGAACUCGACGAUUCUCUAUGACCGGCUGAAAUCGAGAAACUACCCAGAGCUGAAACUACAAGAGAACCUCGACUCGGAAAUCAUGGAGGUGCUCCUACAGGAGGCGCGCGACUCGUACGAUGAAGAGAUAGUGGUGGAGCUGACGAGUAAUACGAGUGAGGAGGUGGAUAGCAAUGUUGCAAGGAUAGAGGCGUGGGUUGCGCAGUGGAUGAAGGAUAAUGAGGGGGCGGAGAAGGAGGAUAGUUGAGGUUGUGAAUGUUAUGAAUGAAUGCAUGGGGCCCGAAGAAAGGCUGGGACGGGAGCUCAAAAUGUUAUGAUAUCCUCGGGAUUUGAAUUUAGGGUUUGCUGCUAUCUACGGCCUCUAAGAGCCAGGCUUUCAGCUUCUCAAGUGCCUUGCCGCGGUGGGAGAUCUUGUUCUUUUCCGCCUUGGGCAUCUCGGCGUAGCUAGAGGAGGUUAGAAGAAAGGGUGUCGGGGGGUUGAAUGAGGGAUGGAGACUCACGUUUGACCAGCUGGUCCGUACUCGAAAAUGGGAUCCCAGCCAAAAGCGAUGGCUCCCCUUGCUGGAACUAUCUUGCCCUAGGAUAUAUUAGUUAUAUACUGCUUAAUGAAGAGGCAAAUACGUACUUCUGUGCGUCCUUGGAAGAUA